AUGAUCGGUUUCGGUUCAAUCGGGCGCGGCACGCUGCCGCUUGUUGAACGCCAUUUCAACUUCGACAAAAGCCGGAUGGUUGUCAUCGACCCGAGCGACAGGGACAAGCCGCUGCUCGACAAGGCCGGAAUUGCCUUCGUUAAAAAAGCUGUCACGCCGUCGAACUACAAAAAACUGCUGUCUCCGCUGUUGACCAAGGGCGGUGGCCAGGGGUUCUGCAUCAAUCUGUCGGUCGAUACAUCCUCGCUCGAUAUCAUGCGCCUGUGUCGCGAAUUGGGUGCACUCUACAUUGAUACGGUGGUCGAGCCAUGGCAGGGAUUCUAUUUCGACAAGAAUGCCGACAAUGCCAGCCGGACCAACUAUGCCUUGCGCGAAACGGUGAAAGCCGAGCGCCGGAAAAAUCCGGGGGGCACAACGGCAGUCUCCUGUUGCGGCGCCAAUCCGGGCAUGGUUUCAUGGUUCGUCAAGAAGGCACUGGUCGAAUUGGCCGACACCAUCAAUCCGAAGCUCAAGGAACCGGCAGCCAAUGACCGCAAGGGCUGGGCAGCCCUGAUGCACAAGCUCGGCGUAAAGGGCGUACACAUUGCCGAGCGCGACACGCAGCGCGCCAUCAAUCCCAAACCAUUCGGCACCUUCUGGAACACCUGGUCAGUUGAAGGCUUCAUCUCCGAAGGAUUGCAGCCUGCGGAACUUGGAUGGGGCAGCCACGAAAAGUGGAAACCCAGGAACGCCCGCGGGCAUAAAUCCGGCUCAAAA